ACCCUCCCAGCAGCUCAGCCACAGCCCAGGCCUCUUCAAUGCACCCUGGCGGGUGGUCUCUGCCCCAGGAGGCCUCCACCCGCGUCUCAGUUCACGCAGAGGUGGCCGCGACACUCAGGUUCGAAGCCUGUGCUGGGACAGAACUUAGCUUUCCCCUGCGGGGCGCCCCGGGACCCCUUCCUCCCUUAGCUCCGUGGUCAGUUCCUCCGCCCACUCCUGAGGGUCCUGGGAUCCCUCGGGGCGGGGCGCGGGGUGGACGGGGCGGGACGGGCUCGGGGCCUGGAGCAGGGCAGGAACGGGGACGGCAGCUCGAGGGACGAGGCCAGGGCGAGACACCGGAGCGGGUCCGGGGAACGGAGAGGGACGGGGGACCGGCUGGAGCGAGGGGGCUGGGCCCGGACUCCAGUCUCGGACGCGGGGGGCUGGGGGGCGUGAACAGGGCGGAGUCAGAGAGAACCGGGACAGAGUCCGGGGCCCCCGGCGGGGGUGGGCGGGCUUCGGGGCCGGGCGCGGGGCGGGGUCAAGGCGGGGCGCCCCGGACCCGCCCCGAGUGGGGUCUGCACCCCCCGCCGGGUCCCGUGACGCUGGUCAGUGGCGCGAGUCACGAGAGCCGACUGGACCGACGGCGGCAGCGACAUGGCCUCGGAGCGAGACGUGCGCGCCCGGCUGCAGCGCGCUGGCCAGGAGCACCUCCUGCGCUUCUGGGCCGAGCUGGCGCCCGAGCCGCGAGCCGCGCUGCUGGCGGAGCUGGCGCCCCUGGAGCCCGACGCACUGCGCGAGCACUGCCGGAGGGCGGCCGAGGCCUGUGCGCGUCCCCCCGGCCCGCCGCCUGGCCUGGCGGCGCGCCUGCGGCCCCUGCCCCCCGAGCGCCUGGGCAGCGCCAGCCGCAGCGACCCCAAGACGCGGGGGCGCUGGGAGGAGGAAGGUUUCCGCCAGAUCGCCUUGAACAAGGUGGCCGUCCUGCUGCUGGCGGGCGGGCAGGGCACUCGCCUGGGCGUGACCUACCCCAAGGGCAUGUACCGCGUGGGGCUGCCCAGCCGGAAGACCCUGUACCAGCUGCAGGCGGAGCGGAUUCGGCGGGUGGAGCAGCUGGCGGGUACGUCAUGACCAGCGAGUUCACCCUGGGGCCCACCGCAGAGUUCUUCAGGGAACACAACUUCUUCCACCUGGACCCGGCCAACGUGGUCAUGUUUGAGCAGCGCCUGCUGCCUGCCGUGACCUUUGAUGGCAAAGUUAUCCUGGAGCGCAAGGACAAAGUUGCCAUGGCCCCAGACGGCAACGGGGGCCUUUACUGCGCGCUGGAGGACCACAAGAUCCUGGAGGACAUGGAGCGCCGGGGAGUGGAGUUUGUGCACGUGUACUGUGUGGACAACAUCCUGGUGCGGCUGGCAGACCCCGUCUUCAUCGGCUUCUGCGUGCUGCAGGGUGCGGACUGUGGGGCCAAGGUGGUGGAAAAGGCCUACCCCGAGGAGCCGGUGGGCGUGGUGUGCCAGGUGGACGGCGUCCCCCAGGUGGUGGAGUACAGCGAGAUCAGUCCUGAGACCGCACAGCUGCGUGCCUCCGACGGAGGCCUGCUCUAUAACGCAGGCAACAUUUGCAACCACUUCUUCACCCGCGGCUUCCUUCAGGCCGUCACCAGGAAGUUUGAGCCUUUGCUGAAGCCACACGUGGCUGUGAAGAAGGUCCCGUACGUGGACGAGGAGGGGAAUUUGGUAAAGCCGCUGAAACCGAACGGGAUAAAGAUGGAGAAGUUCGUGUUUGAUGUGUUCCCGUUUGCUGAGAACUUCGUUGCCUUUGAAGUGUUACGGGAGGAGGAGUUUUCCCCGCUGAAGAACGCAGACUUGGCCGACAGGGACAGCCCCUGUACUGCCCGCCGGGCCCUGCUCGCCCAGCACUAUCGGUGGGCCCUGCGGGCUGGGGCCCACUUCCUGGAUGCACAUGGGGCCUGGCUCCCAGAGCUUCCCUGCUCACCCCCAAAUGGAGACCCUCCAGCCAUCUGUGAGAUAUCGCCCUUGGUGUCUUACUCUGGAGAGGGUUUAGAAGCGUACCUGCAAGGCCGGGAGUUCCAGUCCCCGCUCAUCUUGGAUGAGGACCAGGCCAGGGGGCUGCAGCAGCAAGAGCCCUGACCCUGCCAGGCCUGCCAACACCGGGUCCUGGAGCUGGGGCUACGGCCCCAGCCUGGGCUCUGGUGGGACAGCAGGCUGCCACGUGCUUCCAGCCUGCAGAACACAGGAUGAAACAUCCUGGGCCCCUCCACGAGGGCAGGCCCUCGCCUACUGCCUCUGGACACCAGUGGUGCCCCUGCUAGGGCUCUGUGGCUCCAUUCCCAGCUGUGGGGUCCAGCCGAGAGGCAGAGGGACUUGGGACCUGGGAGAAUGGGGCUGAGAGGAGGCUUUGGGUUGGGGCCCGAGGGAGGUGUGGUGUCGUUUGCGAAGAACAGGAGGACAUGUCCUUCUGGGAGCCAGCCCUGUGGAUCCCCGCACCCAGCCGAGCACUAGAAGCCGCAUAAGCUACGCUGGACGUGCUUCUGCAGCCUACAGAUGUGGAACCAGAGCGAGGACGACUCCACCCACCCAAGGGCUGCCCCUCCUCCUCAGCAGCUGAACCAGUAAUGGGGGCGAGGCUGGGGUGUCCUGCUCACACACCCGGGUGCCCAGCAAGGCCAGAGAAAGGGCCUGAUGUCCGUGAUCCAGGCGGCUCUGAGAAGCUUAGCCUGGACACCUGAGCCUGCAGCCAGCACUCCUGCCUUCUCCUCAUUAUCCCCAAGGCCACCGCCUCGCAGCCUCAUCCACCGUCACUUUAGGCCGAUGAGUUUUCUGUGCUUCCCCAAGAACCAGUGGGAUCACGCCGGUGGCCUCCAUGAUGGCUGUUGACUGAUCCGGGAUGUCAUGAGUCGGAGGCACCAGCCCUCACCUCA